AUGAUUUUUUUCUUAUUUAUAAUCUCAAUUGAUUAUUUUUAUGCUAUAAGAAAUAUCGAGAUAACUUUAGGCCCAUUAACACAAUAAUCAACAACAUAUGUAAUUUAUUAAGACGAAUAACUUAAUUAAUAAUUUAAUUUAUAAUAAACUUGUUGGAGCAAUUGUUCACCUUUAGAUCUAUUAUACAUAAAAUCAAAUGUAAAUUAGAAAAUAGCCUUCACACCUUUAAAUAUCAUUAACACAGGAGAUAGAGAUUUAGUAAUAGACUCAAUAGGUUUAACAACGUAGAAGGGAUAAACUUUAAAAAUAUCACUAAGUAAUAAAUAUUUAUAUUAGAUAAUACUAAUAAUAUUUUAGUGAAAAAAAAUGAAAUUGGGAUAAUAAAUAUUCAAUAUAUUUGUGAAAACAAAUUGACAAAGGAAAAUUAUUGGGCUGUCAUUGAUAUAACUCUAAAAAUAUAGAAAGAAUAAUUAAAGUUUUCAUAUUAGUAUAUUUGUGAUCCAAAUUUCCAUCCUAAAAGAUUUGACUGGAGCUAUUUAAUUUUGAUAGUAAUAAUGUCAACAUUUGUACUUAUCUUAUCAAGAUAACAAAAAUUAAGUGCAUUUAAAAUUACUUAUUACGAUAACUAAAAUAAUAAAAAUGUUGUAGUUUUUUAAGGGUUUCAUCUGGGUUUGAAAAGUGCUGUUUUUUAUAAUUUUAUAUUUUCAAUAGGUUUAAUUUCAGCAUAUAUAUUUGAAAAAAAAGUAGAAGAUUUUGAAGAAAACUUAGUUCGAUUCUUUUGUUUAAUUUUUGGAUUUAUUUUGAUAAGCGAAGUUAAAAUUAAUUUAAAUUUAGAUUUUUUAUAAAAUAAGAUUCUUAAAAAUAAAAAUAAUCUUUUUUUUAAGAGCUUGUGAUAUAAUUGGUGUACUUAUGUCGAUUUUAACUUUACAUUUAUAUGUUGAAAAUAAUGAACCUUGGAUUGUAUAAAAAUUAAUUAAUUAUUUAGAUAAGUAACAUGUUAACAAUAUUUUUGGUUGGAAGUUCAAUCAAAUUAUUUAAGAUAACUAGUUUAAAAAAUGGCAUAACCUUUUUUGUUCCAUGUAUAAUAAUGGAUAUAUUAUUUUCAAUUUUUGGCAGUUUGUAUGUACGUUAUGAAUGGGAUAGUCUUAUUAUGAAAUAUUUUAAUACUCCUCUUACUGCUUAAUUUCCUUACUUUUAUCCCAUAUAUAAAAAAAAAUGUGGAUGGUUGUCAAUAACUUCUAUAUUAUUUCCAGCAUUUUUCUUAGCAUAUGCCCAUAGAUUUGAUAGAUAUAAAGAUUCAAUUAUUUAUAGACUUAUUUCCUAUAUUGGUUUAUUAGUAGGAUUAAGUUUAUGGUUUACCUUUUCUUCACUAUAUUCAAUACCAUUACCAGUUUCAUCAUUUACUCUUUUUCCAACUAUUGGAAUUUGUGCUAUCAUAGCAUUUUAAAGAAAUGAAAUUAAGAUAAUGUGGAAUGGAGAUUUCUACGAUCAGGUCUUAUUAAACCCUUGGAGGCAUUAAAUUGAACCAAAAGAAAGAUAAUCAAUCCAUAUAAUAGGUCAAGAUAUUGAACUACCAAAUCUUUUAAAAUAAGAAUAAUUAAAUUAGUAACUAUUAAGACUGUCAAAAGGUUAAGUCAAAUUUGAUAAUGAAUUAUUUAAAGGAUUAUAAGAUUGA